AGGAUAAGGAUAUAAGUCCCGCCUUCCGCCCCUCCCCUCUCCCCCACCUCUCUCGCUCGACGCAUAGAGGAAGAGAGCGAGGAAUCUCUCCUUCUCUUUCUCCUGACUCCCAGUCCUCUCUCGCUCGAAGCAUCGAAGGAGAGCGAGGAGGGCAGCGGCCAUCUCUCCACCCUUUUCGGGGCUAAAAGGUGAUUAUCCUGAGCUUGUGGUGUUCUGUCACAGUUAUGUUCCAUAAGGUUGUGAGCACUUUUGUAGCGCAUGGGUUUAGAAGACUAUCUCUAGGAUAACAAUGCUCAUGAAAUCACAGAUAUGUUCCUACAUGAACCUCUGUGGUAGAGCAGCACAUGUACUGUAUCUGACACCUAUCUGAAGAUGGUUAGGUUCAGAGCAUAGCAUGAGCAUUCAGAAACUUGAACUAUUUAGGGCAAGAAAGGAAUUGGAACCGCUAGUUGCUGACUGAUAUUUUAAUUCAGAGGACUGCAUUCAACAUGAUACCUGUAAUUAAUUGCUCUGUGGGCAAUAUCACUCUGCUUCCUGGAACUACUUGUGGCCUUAGGAAGGAGAUCCAAUCAACAAGAUGCCAUGUUUCUGGAAAAUAUUUAAGGCCAACACCAUUGUCUCAGGGGUUUCUAUUUACAAAAACAUCAUUAAGGCUGUUUCGGAGAUACUAUAGUGGCUAUGUUUCAAAGCAUGGUUCAAGAGUCCGAAUCUUUGCAGCUGUUGGGACUGAUGUAACAAUAGAGGAGCCAGAUCCUGCUGUUUCAGAUGAAGUUGCUGAUGAAACUUCAGAAACUGCAGCUAGUUCAGCUGAAACAACUGAGCAUGCCCCAGCAAACCCCGCUGUUCCUUCCACUGCCAAAAGCAAACGCCCUAGUCCUGUAAGGAAAAGUGAGAUGCCACCUGUGAAGGAUGAGGAACUAGUGCCAGGUGCUUCCUUUAAAGGGAAAGUAAGGUCAAUUCAACCAUUUGGUGCUUUCAUUGACUUUGGAGCCUUUACAAAUGGACUGGUACAUGUCUCCAGGAUGAGUGAUGAAUAUGUCAAGGAUGUGGCCUCUUUUGUUUCUGUUGGACAAGAAGUGACAGUGAGGAUUGUGGAAGCAAAUAAGGAAAGUGGGAGGAUCUCUCUGACAAUGCGUGAUACUGAUGAACCCAGGAAGAAACAGCAGACAAGAGAAACUCCUGCCGAUGGAAGUAAUAACAAGCCAAGAGCUGUCAGAAAAAAUGCUGCAAGGUCGAAUCAGAAGCAUGAUGCGGUGCAAAAGAUUUCUAAGUUUGUUAAGGGACAAAAUUUAGAUGGCACUGUGAAAAAUGUAACCAGAUCAGGAGCUUUUGUUUCACUUCCAGAAGGGGAGGAAGGAUUUCUCCCGAUCUCUGAGGAAUCUGAAGGGUUUGGUGGCAUUUUGGGAAACUCCUCUCUGCAGGUUGGUCAAGAAGUUAAGGUACGGGUGUUGCGCAUUACAAGAGGGCGGGUGACUUUAACAAUGAAAAAAAAAGAAGAUGUUGAAAAGCUAAACUUGCAACUAAAUCAGGGGGUGGUGCAUGUAGCAACAAACCCAUUUGAGCUGGCUUUUCGUAAGAACAAGGAGAUUGCUGCAUUUUUGGAUGAGCAGGAUAGAGCACAGAAAUCUUCUGAAAAUUUAAGCAUGUCAAAAACUUUGGAACAAGCAGGAGGAUAUGAUGAAAAUGUAGCCAGUUCUGACACUCUUGAAGUUGACGGCUUAAUGGCAAGCAGUGAUGAGAACCACGUUGUUGGUCCCUCUGAUUUAAGUGAGGAGCUGGAGGAUGAGAAAGGCACUGUUGAAGAGCUGCAAGAACAAGCUUCUGUUGAAGCUUACGUUCCUACUGAUUUGGAGAGCAAGGAUGAGGAACCUGCAAGCGCUCAGGCUCAGAAUGCUGAGACUGUUCCUGAAACUGUGCAAGAAGAUGGGGAGAGCUCUAAAACCUCAAUUGAGCCCUCUUCCGAUUCUGUUUUAGAUGAGGCCUCUAUACCAGAUGAUGUGAAGGAUUCCAGUGCUGCAAAUGUCACUGCAGAGGAACAAAACCUAAGUUCGAAAGCUUCAAGUUUGGAGGGAGGUGAAUCUUCUGCAGAUGGCUCCUCUGAAAACUUGCUAACUAGUGAAUCUUCCAUAAUUUCUGAAGGCAAGGAAGAAAGUGCUGAUAUUAAAACUGUAAAGAAAAGUGGAGGAAUUCCGGUUUCAGAAAGUGGAGUAGCAAUGGAGGCCUCUGUAACUGAGGAAGCUAGGGAAGCUGAUGUCACAACUGGAACUGUCGUGGAAGAUGAGACUGAUGGUAAAACUUUGAGUGCAGAAGAAAAUGAAUGCUCUGUAGAUUCUGCAGGAAGCGAGAAAUCAUCUGCGAUAAAGGAUUCCAGCAUCCAUGUGGAGUCAUCUGGAGAAAUUGGUAACCAGAAGUUAUCUUCAGAAGGUGUGGUUCCUGAUGAAGUUGUUACUAAUCAAUCAGAAGAUACUUUAACUGAUGAGAAAGUGGAGAAAGUAACACUGAUGCCAGUUGAAAAUGAAGGGGCCUUUGCUGAAUUAAAAGAAGCAAAUGCAGAGGCUUCUGAAAUCUUAAAUGGGCAAACUACUAAUGCAGAUCAAGGAAGUGAUUUCAAAGUUGGUGCGCAAAAUGCAACAAGUAUUUCUGCAGCUCUUGUAAAGCAAUUACGUGAAGAAACCGGAGCAGGCAUGAUGGACUGCAAGAAGGCUCUUGCAGAAACUGGGGGCGACAUUGUGAAAGCCCAAGAGUUUCUCCGGAAGAAAGGUUUAGCAAGUGCUGAGAAAAAGGCCAGCAGAGCCACUGCAGAAGGAAGAAUUGGGUCUUAUAUCCAUGACAACAGAAUUGGAGUCCUUAUUGAGGUGAACUGUGAAACAGAUUUCGUUUCUCGAGGUGAAAUUUUCAAGGAGUUAGUUGAUGACCUUGCUAUGCAAGUAGCUGCUUGUCCUCAAGUACGCUACUUGGUUAUUGAAGAUGUUCCAGAAGAAAUUGUGAACAAGGAGAGGGAGAUAGAAAUGCAAAAGGAAGACCUUUUGACAAAACCAGAGCAUAUCAGGUCAAAAAUUGUAGAUGGCCGAAUAAGAAAGAGACUUGAAGAAUUUUCAUUGCUUGAGCAACCUUAUAUUAAGAAUGAUAAGAUUGUAGUUAAGGAUUGGGUGAAGCAAACCAUUGCCACAAUUGGGGAAAAUAUCAAAGUAAGAAGGUUUGUUCGCUACAAUCUUGGAGAAGGUUUGGAAAAGAAGAGCCAGGACUUUGCUACUGAAGUGGCUGCCCAAACCGCGGCAAAACCAUCACCUGCAUCCCCAAAGGAUCAACCAUCUGAAGCCAAGGAAGCUGUCGAAAAGCCUCCAACAGUUGCUGUGUCAGCUGCCCUGGUCAAGCAACUUAGGGAGGAAACAGGUGCUGGCAUGAUGGACUGUAAGAAAGCUCUCACAGAAACUGGUGGAAACCUUGAGAAGGCUCAGGAGUACCUUAGGAAGAAGGGUCUAUCAUCUGCUGACAAGAAAUCUUCCAGACUAGCUGCAGAAGGUCUGAUCUCUUCCUACAUCCAUGAUUCUCGGAUUGGAACGCUGAUCGAGGUCAACUGUGAGACUGAUUUCGUUGGUCGGAAUGAAAAGUUCAAGCAGUUGGCUGAUGACCUCGCAAUGCAAGUUGUUGCAUGUCCACAGGUUGAGUUUGUCUCCACAGAGGACAUCCCAGAAAGUAUCGUACAGAAGGAGAAAGAAAUAGAAAUGCAGAGGGAGGACCUGAAGUCAAAGCCUGAGCAUAUAAAGGAGAAGAUAGUGGAAGGAAGGAUUGGGAAGAGGCUGGGGGAACUUGCUCUCUUGGAGCAGCCCUUUAUCAAAGAUGACAGUGUGAUGGUGAAGGAUCUGGUGAAACAGACAGUCGCUGCCCUUGGAGAGAACAUCAGAGUUCGGAGAUUUGCUCGCUACACUCUUGGGGAGAGCGAGGAUUGAAAGAUGUGAAAGGUAAUGGUGCUGCAUUUUUCAUGGGCCUUUCACAUGAAGAGUUGGAAGAUGGUGCCAGAAGGGUUGUAUGCUUCAUGUAAGAGUAAGGUUGUGGCGUUCAGUUGUAUUUAUUUAAUUGUAUCAUCUGUUGGUCAUCCAGAAUACAUUUUUGACAUCCGACAUAUGGAAUCAAGGGAUCAGUAGUGCAAUUUGAUCCUAUUUCUGUUGUCUC